CUUGAGACGUUUAUUCGCAUUGCGACUGCGACCGCGAUAUCAUAUCUUAUCGCCCUUCGCUCCUAGUGGCUUCCUCUCCUUGACGACUCGCGACCGUCGCCUGUAGAUUUUUCUUUCCCAUUCGUUUCGAUAACGUUUUGCGCGUGGAGAAAUCAGAUCAGCUUACCGCAAGUCGCGACACCUCUUUCUUCGCAGGCGCAAUCUGAAUACUGGUUCUAGCAAAGUCGCGGAGUUUCCUCCUGUCUCUGCCCCUUGCGCUCCGUCGCCGCUCCGCCCGGUCAAGCAUCAUCGACUUCAACAUCCCGAUCCACAAAUAAUAAAACCCAAGCAAAAUGGCUCCGAGUCGUCAUCUGCCAGCGAGGACAAAUCCUCUCAUGACUGAGGAAGUUCCGGAAUACGAUCAACUCGUUUCUCGUCGCCGUCUGGGCCAGACAGAUCUUGCGGUGAAAGCUGGUCAAGUUGGAACGUCGAAUUCAACGAAGCCGAAGAAUCUGGGCACUUUCGAUUAUGCACACCUCCGAGCCCCGUUGCCGAAAGGUAUCAUGUCCGGCAUCUUCAAGCCAUCGCCUGCUUCCUACUUCCUUAUGCGCCGCAGUCAUGAUGGAUACAUAAGUGCAACAGGCAUGUUUAAGGCGACUUUCCCGUAUGCCGAGGUUGCCGAAGAGGAGACGGAGCGCAAAUAUAUUAAGAGCCUUGAAACGACAAGCUCCGAUGAGACAGCUGGCAACGUGUGGAUUCCCCCGCAGCAUGCUCUUGAACUUGCUGAGGAGUAUCAAAUUCUGCCAUGGAUCAAGGCGCUCUUAGACAAUAAGCCUAUCGAGAUCAACCUUCCGAAAGAUGCCACGCCAAAGACAAUUUCCCCACCUCCAAAGUUUUUGAUGCCUCAAGAAACAUUGGUAGCUCCUACUCCUACUCGUGGUCGUCCUCGAAGAUCUGCUUCUCCAAGCAAAAUUGCGUCUCCAAGGAAGAUUGUGGGAUCGAAGAGAGCAAGAAAGAACGCUGCACAAUCCGAGUCUGUCAAGUCAGAAUCUCUCGAACCAUCCGAGAAACCAGCCCCAAAAAGUCUCCAGGAAGCUUUGAAAGCCCCUUCUGUGAAAGCAGAGUCAACCGAGGAGCCUGUUGUCCGCGUUAAUAUUGAUACCGAGGUGGAGGUUAAAGGGGAUGUCGAGACAACUCACACUCACGUUGAGGUUGAAAUGCCAGCUGGAUCCCCCGAACUGCCUCUGCCUGAGGAUACAGAGGCGAUGAUUGCUAAGGCAAAGGAAAUGGUAGAUGUCGCAAUGAAGAAUCAGAACGGAGCAGUCGUUAGCAACUCCAAGAAGCUCAAGCGAAAAGCCGAGGAUGAAGAGAAAGAAGACGAUUCCGCAGAAAGUGCCCGCGCUAAGAAGGCAAAGGUCGAAACCACCGAAUUGAGGAAAGAGAAAAUCAAGACACGAGCAUUGCUCGGCAUUAGUGCUACUUUGGCCAUUGGUGCCGCUGUUCAAUACGCCUUCAAUGUUCUCUGAGGUGGCGAAUCGAUGCGUAGAGUCGCUUCCUUCCAUUCUCAAUUGUAUUUCAGGCGUUUUUGAUUGGCAUCAAGCUCCAAGCCCCAUGUGGGAAGGUGUCUGAGGAUACCCGGAUCCAUCGUGGUCAGAGUACAUACAGCCAAGAUUGUUGUGUACUCGAUAAAAUUGGCCUUUCCAUAGGUUCU